AUGGCCGAGUCCAGCAGGAUCCUGAUCAGAGGAGGAAGAGUGGUGAAUGAAGACUGCUCCGUGAUCAGCGACGUCUACAUCGAAAACGGGAAGAUAGUUGAGGUUGGAGUGAAUAUUGAGAUCCCGGAGGGAGCGAGAGUGAUCGACGCCACCGAUCAGCUGGUGAUCCCCGGAGGUAUCGACACGCACACGCACAUGGAGCUGGCCUUCAUGGGCACCAAGGCGGUGGACGACUUCUACAUCGGAACCAAGGCCGCUCUGGCGGGAGGGACCACAAUGAUCAUGGACUUUGUCAUCCCCCAAAGGGGCAAGUCUCUCCUGGAGGCCUACGACUGUUGGCGAAAGACCGCUGACCCCAAAGUUUGCUGCGACUACUCGUUACAUGUCGCCGUCACAUGGUGGAGCGACGAGGUUAAAAAAGAGAUGCAGACACUGACCGAAGAGAAGGGAAUCAAUUCCUUUAAGAUGUUUAUGGCCUAUAAAGAUGUGUUCAUGCUGCGGGACCCUGAGCUAUACGCCUCCUUCUCCCAGUGCAAGGAGAUCGGAGCUAUAGCACAGGUGCACGCUGAGAAUGGAGACCUGAUCGCAGAGGGAGCUAAGAAGAUGCUGUCUCUGGGCAUCACGGGGCCAGAGGGCCAUGAGCUGUGUCGGCCGGAGGAGGUGGAGGCCGAGGCCACCCAGCGAGCCAUCACCAUCGCCCACGCUGUCAACUGCCCGCUGUAUGUGGUCCAUGUCAUGAGCAAAUCUGCCGCCAAGGUGGUGUCUAAUGCACGCAGAGAUGGGCGUGUGGUGUUCGGGGAGCCCAUUGCAGCUGGAUUGGGAACAGACGGUACUCACUGCUGGCACAAAGACUGGGGCCACGCUGCUGGCUUUGUCAUGGGUCCUCCCCUCAGACCUGACCCCACCACCCCUGGGUACCUCAUGGACCUACUGGCCAAUGACGACCUCAGUGUGACGGGGACGGACAACUGCACCUUCUCUGUGUGCCAGAAGGCCCUCGGCAAAGACGACUUCACCAAGAUCCCGAACGGAGUGAACGGAGUGGAGGACAGGAUGUCCGUCAUCUGGGAGAAAGGAGUGCACAGCGGCAAAAUGGACGAGAAUCGAUUUGUAGCCGUCACAAGCAGCAACGCGGCAAAAAUCUUCAACUUCUACCCGCAAAAAGGCCGUAUCGCCAAGAACUCGGACGCUGACGUGGUUAUAUGGGACCCCAAGAUGACAAGGAAGAUAUCGGCCAAGACCCACCACCAGGCUGUGGACUACAACAUCUUCGAGGGCAUGGAGUGCCACGGUGUCCCCGUCGUCACCAUCUCCAGAGGCAAAGUGGUCUAUGAGGACGGGCAGCUGAAGGUGUCCCCGGGGCAUGGCAGAUUCAUUCACAGAAAACCGUUCUCUGAAUAUGUUUACAAAAGGAUCAAGCAAAGGGAUCAGGUGGGGACACCUACAGCUGUGAUCAGACAGCCCUAUUCAGGUAAAGUCAUUUCUAUAUGAACAACAGACCUAAAACAUGAGAGGCAAUUUGAAUCUCCAGCUGCGUGUCUCCAGUACAAUCCAGAAGCCAAAACAACAACGCUGUCCACUGAUACACCUGCGGUGAUUGGUUUCUACUGUUUUAACAUGAACAAGAUAUUUCUGCAAGUCAUGCAUACAUUAUUCAGCCAUUUAAAUCACUGUGUGCCGUAAAGGGGGGUUGGUGGUGUUUAGGUUAACGCUGAUCAACACUUAGGUUAAUGUCCUGUUGGCAGAUAAGACCUUAGUUAUAUUUGUUCAACUGUGUGAGGUUUCAAGGUCAGCUGUGCUCAGUACACAGGUUGGUAGAAAAUGAUAUUUGCUCUAACAUACAUUAUGCAAUCAAGUAGUUCACUGCAAGGAAUGAAAAUAGGGCUUAUGCAUGAUUCCAUGGUUUAAAAAUGUGGUGUGAUUAGAACAGAGGAUCUUUCAUUAUUUUUAUAUCCAUGCAUAUCAUUGUGGUAAUUGAGUUAUAAAAUAUUUUUUAAAAACUGUCUUUACUUGUGAAUGUGCCUGAUUCUUCUUUUACUGGACAUUUCCCCACCUUUUUUUCCUAAAUGUUUGUUGCCAUUGGUAACAGGACCGAUGUUUCUCACCCAAAAGCAUCCUUCCCUUUGAUGAAAUAUUCAUUAAAAUGACAAGCGUGGAAGUAUAAAGAUUUAUUUUGUUGACCCAGAUUGACUCUGUAUUUGCAUAUUCAGCAGGAUUGCACAUUAUCAUAUGCACUCCAUCCAUGCCCAUGUAUGGACUGCAUUCAUUCCUUCCCAUGGUGUAAAAACAAAAAAAAAAAA